AUGUUGCGCAUGCUCGAAUCGCAGGCUCCGGCCAAACAAACGGCGACAGACACAAUCAGCACCCUUAGUAGCCGGCUGGCAAGUGCCACCCUACUUGAAGACCGCCGUGCUGCAAUAUUGGGGCUACGUAGCUUCGCCAAAGAAUAUCCCGCAUCUGUUGCAUCUGGUGCUCUCCGUGGCCUGAUAGCUUGUCUCACCAAGGAUGCCGAAGAUGUCGAUACUAUCAAAGUUGUGUUAGAGACGCUUAUAAUGCUCUUCAAUCCGAAUGAACACAGCCGACAAGAUAAUAUCACUAUCCUCCUCGACCUACUCGAAACUCCAGAUUUCUUUUCCCGCUUAUAUUCCCUCCAAUUGAUACAAGCUAUCUACAAUGCAAGGCCGGAUAGGACACAAGAGUGUAUUCUUACAGCUCCACUUGGGACACCACGGCUUGUCGCGACCCUGGACGACCCCCGGGAUGCCGUUCACAACGCGGGUCUCGUUCUGCUCAAUGAUCUGUCGCAGUCUUCCUCCGAACUUCAAAAACUCUUCGUUUUUGAAAGUGCGUUUGAGAGGGUUUUCAAUUUGAUUGAAGCUGAUGGGUCCUUAACGCAAGGCGGAAUUAUCGUUCAGGAUUGCCUGUCCCUUCUAGCCAAUUUGGUCCGGUUCAAUGCAUCAAACCAAACGAAUUUUCGGGAGACGGGGGGCGUGAUUAAGUUUGCAUCGCUGUUGCCGGGGGGCAAGAAUUCCAAGAAGGUUCGAAAAAAUGAGGAAGAGGAUGAUUGGGUCAGUCCUCAAAGUGAUAAGAACAUCUGGGGGCUUUUGGCUAUCAUGCGCAUGUUCCUUGUCAAAGGCAGCACAAGCACCAAAGCAAACCAAACAGCUUUUCAUAAGCACGGCCUUCUUCAACAGGUCCUCAAUCUAGCUUUCGAUCACUCUACGGCGAUGCCGAUUAAGGUAGAGGCAAUCAACACCUGUGCGGACAUCAUUAGGGGCAAUCCCGCUAUCCAACAAGACUUCGCCGAACUAAUGGUACAACCCAUUGUCAAGCCAACGGCAAAUGGUGCAACAACGCCGAAUGGAGCAGGAACUGUCCAUGUGAUUGAGGCGUUGCUUGAUCUAGCCCUUAGCCCAGCACCAAGUGAGCUGUUCGAUGCUCGAUUCUCUGCUUGCGAAUGUAUCAAAGCCUACUUCCACAAUUUCAUGCAAGCUCGCGUACACUUCCUCAAACGAGCUGUCGAUGGGCACAUGUCUGGAGAGGAUGAGACCGCCAAUACCCUGUCUACGCUCCUUGCUGGCUCCAGUAGUUCACAGACUAUUGAUCCCUAUCGAGUUUGGUUCGCAGCUACACUGGUAUUCCAUCUCAUCUUCGAAGAUCGAGAUGCAAAGGACUUCCUAAUGCAGGUUGCCGAGGGUGAUGCCGAAAACGGUGAAGAAGUAGUUACGUGCAUCCAGAACGUGACUGGUAAUCUUAUAGCGAGUCUGCAAUUGGGUGAGGACGAGCGAAUAUCAAUAGCGUAUCUCAUGCUCCUGUCGAUAUGGCUCUUCGAAGACGCUGCUGCCGUUAAUGACUUCUUGGGCGAAGCCAGCAGCCUCCAGAGUCUAGUGCAGGUCGCUCUGAAGCCCGGAAAUGACCAUAUCGUCAUAAAGGGGUUGUGCGCAGUUCUUCUCGGCAUCAUCUACGAAUUUUCAACCAAAGAUUCACCAGUGCCGCGGCGAGAUUUACAGCCUAUUUUGACACAUAGCUUAGGACGUGAGAAGUAUCUCGAUACCAUUUCGCAACUACGUCAACACCCCUUGGUUCGAGACUUCGAGGUUCUUUCUCGGGAAGGCCCAUCGACUGGGUCGUCUCCGGACGUUUUCUUCGACGCUACUUUCGUGGAUUUCCUAAAGGACAAUUUCAGUCGGUUAUCGCGAGCCGUCGACCGAGAUCCAAAUAUUGAGCAACAUCAAUCCCAUGAUGGCAUCGACCGAGAUAUAGUAGAUUCGCUUCGUGGUCAGCUAGACGAAAAGAACCAAACUAUUGAGAAGAUUCAAUCGGAUCUCUUAACCAUGGAACAGAAGCUCAACCAGGAACAGGCCGAUCAUCGAAGGACACAAGAAUCGUCUGUUACGCAGUUGAACACUAUAAAACGAAUCAACGAUGACUUGCACCGAAACCAUGAAACGGAUGUCAGGAAACUUGAACGUGAGCAAAAGCAAGCCAUGCUAGAUAUGGAGAACAAGCACAAUCUCCAGGUGAACAAACUCAACAACCAGAUUCAGCAGGCGGCUAAAGAAGCUACUUUGUCAUUGUCGAAGGCACGACAGGAGCAUGACGAAAAGCUGCAUGAGUUCAACAGGGCCCGAGUAGAUUUGGAAAGACAAUUGGAAGCAGCGAAUGCCUCAAAACAAGAAUCACUCCAGACUAUCCGUACGCUUGAGGAAAUUCAAAAGAAGUCCAGAGACGAAAUCUCGACGAUAAAAGAGACGAUCAAGAGCCUCAAAGGAAAUCUCGAAGCGAGCGAAAAGCAGAUUGCCCUAUCGAAAGAAAAUUCUAAGUCCCUUGAAUCUUUGGAAACCUCGAACGAGAAGCUCAAAGCGGAGAUCCAAGAACUAAAGGCAAAGAUACAAGAUCAGACGUGGAAAGUAAAGGAUGCCGAAGACAAACUCAAAAAGGCAGAUGUCAAGGUUAAAGAGAAAGAAGAAGCGAGAGCAGCAGCACAGACUGAGUUGGACGACCUGUUCGUGGUUCUCGGCGAUCUUGAGGAGAAGAGGACAAAAGAUAAGAAACGUCUUAAGGAACUUGGCGAGGAAGUUUCCGACCUGGAUGAUGAUGACGAGGACGAGGACGAUGAUGACGAUGACGAGGAUGAGGAUGAUGACGAUGAAGAGGAUGAAGCGGAAGAUGAAGAGGAGGAGGAAGAAGAAGAAGGAGGAGGAGGAGGAGGAGAAGGAGAAAAGAAAGACGACGGUGAUUCCAAAAAGUCAAAAGAGAAGCCCAAGUCAAAAAAGUAG